GGGGACCUGGCCUCCCGAUUGGCGGUCCGCGCGCCCCGCCCCGCCCGGGAUCCCGGGAGCUGUCCGGCCGCCUCGGUGCUGAUCCUGCCGCCGCCCACGGGCCGCGAGCAGCGCUGAGAGGGCACUAUGAGCGGGGGCGUCUACGGCGGAGAUGAGGUGGGGGCGCUGGUCUUUGACAUUGGCUCCUUCUCAGUCCGCGCUGGGUACGCUGGGGAGGACUGCCCCAAGGCUGACUUCCCCACCACGGUGGGGCUGCUGGCCGCGGAGGAGGGGGGCGGGCUGGAGUUGGAGGGGGAGAAAGAGAAGAAAGGGAAAAUCUUUCACAUCGACACCAACGCCCUCCACGUGCCUCGAGAUGGAGCGGAAGUCAUGUCUCCCCUCAAGAAUGGCAUGAUUGAGGACUGGGAGUGCUUCCGUGCAAUCCUGGAUCACACCUACAGCAAGCAUGUCAAGUCUGAGCCAAACCUGCACCCAGUGCUCAUGUCAGAGGCCCCGUGGAACACACGGGCCAAACGGGAGAAGCUGACAGAGCUGAUGUUUGAGCAGUACAACAUUCCUGCUUUCUUCUUAUGCAAGACAGCUGUGCUUACUGCCUUUGCAAAUGGACGCUCCACAGGUCUGGUGCUGGACAGUGGGGCCACCCACACGACAGCCAUUCCAGUGCAUGAUGGCUACGUCCUGCAGCAAGGCAUUGUCAAGUCACCCCUGGCAGGGGACUUCAUCUCCAUGCAGUGCCGAGAGCUCUUCCAGGAAAUGGCCAUUGACAUCAUCCCACCUUACAUGAUCGCAGCCAAGGAGCCUGUACGGGAGGGCGCACCCCCAAACUGGAAGAAGAAGGAGAAGUUACCCCAGGUUUCCAAGUCCUGGCAUAACUACAUGUGCAAUGAGGUGAUCCAGGACUUCCAGGCCUCCGUGCUGCAGGUCUCAGACUCUCCCUACGAUGAGCAGGUGGCUGCACAGAUGCCCACAGUGCACUACGAGAUGCCCAACGGCUACAACACAGACUACGGCGCGGAGCGGCUCCGCAUCCCUGAGGGCCUGUUCGAUCCCUCCAAUGUCAAGGGCCUGUCGGGGAACACCAUGUUAGGGGUGGGCCACGUGGUGACCACCAGCAUCGGCAUGUGCGACAUUGACAUUCGUCCGGGCCUCUACGGCAGUGUCAUUGUCACGGGUGGGAACACGCUCCUGCAGGGCUUCACUGACAGACUCAAUCGAGAGCUUUCCCAGAAGACUCCACCGAGCAUGAGACUGAAGCUCAUCGCCAGCAACAGCACCAUGGAGCGCAAGUUCAGCCCCUGGAUCGGGGGCUCCAUCCUGGCCUCACUGGGCACUUUCCAGCAAAUGUGGAUCUCCAAGCAGGAAUAUGAGGAGGGCGGGAAGCAGUGCGUGGAGCGGAAGUGCCCCUGAGGGCGCCCCCCUCCCCACCCACAGGCCGGCCCGCAGCGGUGGGGGAUGGAAAGCGAACGGAAAGAGACGGUUUCCCCCACCUCGGCUCUGCAAGCGCAGGAUCGACAGCCACCCCCCCCAACGCUCCCAUCGCCCCCCUUUUGUUCCCCUCCCCACUUGUCCUCUUGAUUGUGAAGUUUCUGGGUUAAAUGGAGUAAACAUGUUUUAAGAAAAA